UUAUGGCUAACAUAACCUCAAUUUUUUGAAAAUCCAAUUCAAAAAUGUGUGACCAGUACUUGUUAUCGUACUACAAGGACGAAAUUAUCGAAAUUCUGAAGGACCAAGAUGAGCACAAACACUUUUCCGUGAAUGUCAAUUUUGUAGAAAUGUCUGGAAAUGAGCCAAAUCUGGUCAACGAUUUUUUACGAGAGCCCGAGAAAACGCUUGAGGAAUGGAAUAAUGCACUUAAGAGAGUCGAAACCAACUUAUUGCUCCAGUUUGAAGAUUUAUACACAAUUAAAAAUAACAUACAUUGUCGUAUCUACAGCCUACCGAUGUAUCCAGAGUUGCAUCGAACGAAAUUUCCGCAAAACGACGACGUGAAUAAGUUUUUACAAGUCACAGGGACUGUCGUUAGAACAACCCAAAUGAAAAUGUUGGAGUAUCAAAGGCAAUACAUUUGCACCAAGUGUAAACACACGAUGGUGGUCACUGCCGAAUACGAGAUGAAAAAUGUGAUAACCCCACCACGACAAUGCACAAACCCGGAGGGUUGUAAAGGCACAACUAUUGUGAAUUUGGGGGAGUUAGACCCAACAUUUUGUAAAGACUACCAAGAGGUCAAAAUGCAAGAAACCGUCAAUAAACUCGACAUUGGUUGCAUGCCCUCCUCAAUUUGGGUGACUCUCGAGGACGACUUAGUCGAUUCAUGCAAACCUGGCGAUAACGUAACCGUCUGUGGUUUGGUAAAACGCCGCUCAAGUCAAUUCAUAAUCGGCGGUAAAAUCGACAUCGAACUAGUAAUCAGAGCGAAUCACGUCCACGUCAACAACAACAGCAGUGCCGUCCUGUCAAUAACCCCCGAACUCAAGGACAUGUUCCAAGCCUUCUGGCACACCUACUCGGGCACGCCUCUCGCCGCACGUGACAUGAUCCUCAAAUCGAUUUGUCCGGAGCUCUACGGCCUUUUCAUCGUCAAGUUGGCCGUGGCGGUGGUGCUAGCUGGGGGUAGCAGCCAACACACCAAAUCAGACACGGGGGUCAGAGUACGCGCCGAGCCCCAUUUAUUACUAGUAGGCGACCCCGGAACUGGCAAAUCGCAAUUAUUAAGGUUUGCCUCAAAAAUAAUCCCGAGAUCGGUUUUCACCACUGGGGUGGGGUCCACGGCGGCGGGGCUAACAGUCACUGCUGUUAUGGAAAAUGGGGAGUGGCAAUUGGAGGGCGGGGCUUUGGUAAUGUCAGACGGUGGGAUUUGUUGCAUUGAUGAGUUUAACACGAUGAAGGAGCACGACAGGACGAGUAUUCACGAGGCAAUGGAGCAACAAACGAUCAGUGUGGCGAAGGCGGGGAUUGUGUGUAAGCUUAGUACAAGGUGUUCGAUAUUGGCGGCGACCAAUCCGAAGGGAAACCUUGACGCUAGUCAACCCUUGCACAUGAACGUGGCUCUGGCAAGCCCUUUAUUGAGCCGUUUUGACUUGAUUUUGCUCAUUAAGGAUAAAGUUGACGACGGUUGGGAUUCCCAAAUGAUUGAUUACAUUUUCACGGCACGCGAAAAUUCAAACUCGUCGAAACUAAUCGAAAGUAUUAACUGGACAAUCGAGACUUUACAAGCCUACUUUGCGAUCAUUAAAAAAAAUCAUCCCAUGCUGAACGACGAUGCUCAUCGAAUUUUAAGCGGUUAUUACCAAGCGCAAAGGCGCAAAAAUUGUCGGAACAAAUCAAGGACCACAGUAAGGCUUUUAGACAGUCUAGUGCGAUUAUCACAAGGACAUGCCCGCUUGAUGUUUCAUAAAGAAGUCGAAAUCGUCGAUGCUGUCUUAGCUGUGAUUUUAGUAGAAACGGCAAUGGAAUGCGAUUCUUCAGUUUUUAAUUUAAAUUUCGAUACCAGGAGAGACUUUCCUCUCGAUCCCGAACAAAACUACCGAGAAUUGGCACAAAUUGUGCUCCAGGAAUUACAACUUAAUGAUUUACUUGAAAAAGAAUUUGCAAAGGGGGUUUGUGCCCUCUGUCCAGGGAACGCGAAUUGUGUUCACAAAAAUACAAAAAUGUUUGAAAAAAUAAUUAAGGUUUGUGAGCCACAGCCAAGCACGUCAAAGAUUAAUGAAAAUGAAAAAAUAAACACAGCUCACAACAAAAAUAGUGACGCAAGGCCUAGUAGUUCGCACGUUAAUAAAGAUAAAAUUGAAUUAGAUGAAAAAGACACCAGAAAAAAACAAAUAGGAGAAAGUAUUACGAUAGCAAAUGAAGAAGAGAUAAUAAAAAAUAAACGAAACAUAACGAAAAAUGUCAAUAAAGACAUUACGGAAGAACCUGUCUCAAACAAGAAACGAAACAAGAGGGAGAAUCCGCCGAACCCGAAGAGGAUUAAACUAAAAUCGAAGGAAAACGAAAUAAAGGACGAUCUAGCCGCUCUCAAUGCCAUGCCGAGUGUUAACGACAUUUUUCGAAUGGAUAAUGAAAUUGGCGUAACGAUUGAACAAAAUAAACCCGAAGAAACCGAACCAAGUCAAGUGCCUUCACAGCGGACAAAAACUCGCCAAUUUUUGCAUAAAUUUCGGUUUGUUCCCAAAGAAGAUCGACCUCCUAUUGCCGAUGAAACUACGUGUGAAAAUUUAGAAAUUUCGUUCAAGGAUGUUAAAUCUAGCACGAUGUUAGAACCUGAGGAGAAUGUUAAAAAAUUCAAGUUUAAAAAAGCAUCAAAGCAUGUAGAAAUGUUCGAAUCCCUUGAGGAUUUAGAUGAUUUAGACUUGGAUAUUUAAUUUUUAUAUUUAAUAAAAUAAAUCAGACCUACUUAACA